UACGACCAAUGCACAUAUGUGUUAACGUACUACUGCGUUUUCCGUAAGCCGUUGCUUGCUAUCAUUCGUCCAGAGCUCGAAGAAAAUGGCGAACUGUUUGUUUAUGAUGACCAUCUUUGGAUUCAAUAAUUAAAUUCCACGUUAUUUUCGUUCGGUUUAUUUUUUCCGUCUGAUUGAACGGUUUUGAAAUGUUCUAAAAAUACCAUUGUCUGGUUUGACUGAAUUGUCUUGGCCCGCGAAUAUCGUGUGAAGUGUACUACGGGAUUAUCGGUUACAGGUUAUUAAACUUUAAUACAUCAUGUAUUUGUAUAAUAUGACAUUGCAACGUGGUAGUGGCAUAACGCACGCUAUACAUGGAAAUUUCAGUGGUGGAAAAGUACAAGAGAUAUUAGUAUCACGUGGUAAAUCUCUAGAACUGAUGAGGCCAGAUACAAAUACUGGUAAAGUUCACACAUUAUUGACUGUUGAAGUUUUUGGAAUAGUUCGAGCAUUAAUGAGUUUUAGACAAUCCGGAGGCACUAAAGAUUAUAUUGUGGUUGGUUCUGAUUCUGGGAGAAUUGUGAUUUUGGAAUAUUUACCCUCUAAAAAUAUCUUGGAUAAAGUGCACCAAGAGACUUUUGGCAAGAGUGGAUGUAGGCGAAUUGUUCCUGGACAAUAUUUAGCUAUUGAUCCAAAAGGAAGGGCAAUAAUGAUAGGUGCUGUUGAAAAACAAAAAUUAGUUUACAUUCCUAAUAGAGAUGCUGAAGCACGACUAACAAUUUCAUCUCCUUUAGAAGCUAAUAAAAGCAAUACAUUAGUAUAUCAUAUGGUUGGAAUUGAUGUUGCAUUUGAUAACCCAAUAUUUGCUUGUCUUGAAAUUGACUAUGAGGAAGUUGACGCAGAUCCGACUGGAGAAGCCGUUCAAACUACACGGCAGACACUUACAUUUUAUGAAGUAGAUUUUGGAUUAAAUCAUGUAGUACGUAAAUAUAGUGAACCUUUAGAAGAACAUGCAAAUUCUCUCAUUACUGUUCCUGGUGAUAAAGAUGGACCUGGAGGAGUACUAAUAUGUUCAGAAAAUUAUAUAACUUACAAAAAUCAAGGGGAACAACCUGAUAUAAGGUGUCCAAUACCUCGUAGACGAAAUGAUUUAGAUGAUCCAGAACGAGGAAUGAUUUUGGUUUGCAGUGCCACGCACAAGACAAAGUCAAUGUUUUUUUUCUUAGUUCAAACUGAACAAGGAGAUGUUUUCAAAGUUACAUUAGAAACCAAUGAAGAGUUUGUUACAGAAAUUAGACUGAAAUAUUUUGAUACUGUUCCAGUAGCUUCUGCUAUGUGUGUUUUAAAAACUGGGUUUUUGUUUGUAGCAUCAGAGUUUGGGAAUCAUUAUUUAUACCAAAUAGCAAAUCUGGGUGAUGAUGAUGAUGAACCAGAAUUUAGCUCAGCAAUGCCUCUUGAAGAAGGAGAUACGUUUUUCUUUGCUCCUCGACAAUUACGAAAUUUAGUUUUAGUAGAUGAAAUGGAUUCAUUAUCACCUAUUAUGGCUUGUCAAGUUGCUGAUUUAGCUGCCGAAGAUACUCCACAAUUAUAUAUGGCUUGUGGUCGAGGAUCGAGGUCUACUUUAAGAGUUUUAAGACAUGGACUUGAAGUUUCAGAAAUGGCUGUAUCUGAACUGCCAGGCAGUCCAAAUGCAGUGUGGACAGUAAAAAGAAGAGCUGAUGAAAGUUAUGAUGCCUAUAUCAUUGUGUCUUUCUCAAAUGCCACUCUAGUAUUGUCUAUUGGAGAAACAGUGGAAGAAGUUUCAGACUCAGGUUUCUUAGGAACUACACCAACACUAUCUUGUUCUCCAUUAGGUGAUGAUGCUGUAGUUCAAAUAUAUCCAAAUGGUGUACGUCAUAUACGUUCUGAUAAAAGAAUGCAUGAUUGGAAAGCUCCAGAAAAAAAAAAAAUUGUUAAGUGUGCUGCCAAUCAAAGACAAGUUGUGAUUGCUCUUGGUGGUGGUGAACUUGUAUAUUUUGAAAUGGAUCCGACCGGACAUUUAAAUGAACAUAAAGACCGCAAAGAAAUGAAUUCCGAUGUUCUUUGUAUGGCAUUGGCAAAUGCUCCUUCUGGAGAACAGAUGUCACGCUUUUUAGCAGUUGGUUUAACUGAUGAAACUGUUCGUAUUAUUUCUUUAGACACCACAGAUUGUUUAGUUCAGUUGAAAAUGCAAGCUAUACCAGCAAUGCCUGAGUCAUUAUGUAUUGUAGAAAUGGGUGCUUGUGAUGGAGGCUCUUCGGAUGAACCAGGAAUGAAUUCUUUAUCAAUGUUAUAUUUAAACAUUGGCUUACAAAAUGGUGUAUUACUUCGUACUGUUUUGGAUGGUGUCACUGGAGAAAUGGCUGAUACAAGAGCACGUUACUUAGGAGGAAAACCAGUCAAAUUGUUUAAAAUAAAAACACGAGGAAAUGAAGCAGUACUCGCCAUGUCCAGUAGAUCAUGGUUAAGUUAUUAUUAUCAAAAUCGUUUUCAUCUCACACCCUUAUCAUAUGAAAGUUUAGAAUAUGCAUCUGGUUUCUCUUCAGAACAGUGUCCUGAGGGUAUAGUUGCUAUAUCUGGUAAUACCUUACGCAUUUUGGCCUUGGAAAAAUUGGGCGCUGUUUUUAACCAAGUUUCAUUUCCUGUUGAAUAUACACCCAGAAAGUUUGUUAUUCACCCAGAUUCUGCUCAUUUAAUUGUGGUAGAAACUGAACAUAAUGCAUAUACUGAACAAACAAAAAAACAGAGGCGAAUACAAAUGGCAGAAGAAAUGCAAGAAGCUGCUGGAGAAGAAGAACAAGAAUUGGCUAAGGAAAUGGCUGAAGCAUUUUUGAAUGAAGAUUUACCAGAAAAUAUGUUUGGUGCUCCUAAAGCUGGUCCUGGAAUGUGGGCAUCAUUAGUCAGAUUGUUCAAUCCAGUUCUAGGUAUAACAGAAGCUGUUUAUAGGUUCCCUCAGAAUGAAGCAGUUAUGAGUGUUGCUUUAGUACGUUUUUCAAGUUACCCAGAUUCACAAUUUGUUUUAUUUGGUGUUGCCAAUGAACUUCAUUUGAAUCCAAGACAUGUAACUUGUGGAUAUAUCUAUACUUAUAAAGUUAAUCCAACAUGCACAUCUUUAGAAUUAGUGCACAAGACAACAGUUGAUAAUGUUCCAACUGCCAUAUGUGGUUUCCAAGGACGUGUAGUUAUUGGCAUUGGUCGAAUAUUACGUCUAUAUGAUAUUGGUAAAAAAAAACUGUUAAGGAAAUGUGAAAAUAAACAAAUCCCAUUACUGAUAGUAGGAAUUCGUGUUAUGGGCUGCAGGAUUUAUGUUAGCGAUGUUCAAGAAAGUGUUUAUAUGGUACGAUACAAGCGAAAUGAAAAUCAACUAAUCAUAUUUGCUGAUGAUACACAACCCAGAUAUAUAACAGCUAUGGAAAUUCUCGAUUACAAUACUGUUGCUACUGCUGACAAAUGUGGAAAUAUUUCAGUGGUAAGAUUAGCUUCAUCAAUAUCUGAUGAGGUUGAUGAUGAUCCAACUGGUAAUAAAAGUCUUUGGGAUCGUGGUUUACUCAAUGGUGCUUCUCAGAAAGCAGAUUUUAUUGUAAAUUUUCAUGUUGGAGAAAUUUGUACCUCAAUACAAAAAGCCACUUUGAUACCAGGUGGUUCUGAAUCCCUAGUUUAUGCUACUGUGACUGGUACUAUUGGAGUUCUUGUGCCAUUUACUGCUCAUGAAGAACAAGACUUUUUUCAACAUCUUGAAAUGCAUAUGCGUUCAGAAAAUUCUCCUCUUUGUGGACGAGAUCAUCUAUCAUAUCGAUCUUAUUAUUUCCCUGUUAAGAAUGUUUGUGAUGGAGAUUUAUGUGAACAAUACAAUUCUAUUGAUAUUGCUAAACAAAAAAGCAUUGCUGCUGAUCUUGACAAAACACCAGCUGAAGUGUCUAAACGGCUGGAAGAUAUAAGAACAAGAUAUGCAUUUUAAAUAAUUACCACCUACCCUAGUUUUUGUAUUAUAUUUAUUUUAUGUGUAAUUAAUUAUAU